AUGAAUUGUCUGGCAUGUGGCAGUAACAGUGACGUUGAGGAGAUGAUUAAAUGCAAUGGAUGCAAGGUAGGAUACCAUUAUAGAUGUGUGAAUAUUACCUCGGCUGCGUUUAGGGAAGAACGAGAACAUUUGAAAUGUACUUUCAAGUGUGAUUUUUGCUUAAACAUAACCCAGCGUAUACGGGUAACCGACGACACACCAGUACGUGGUGUUCGCACCGCCUGCCUCGUUGAACAUAACCAAUCUUUCGAGGGAAAUGUUUCUCAGGCGAUAGCAGAGUCGUUAACAUUGGACGAGAUAAUAGAUAAAGUUGAGAGAGCAAUCAUGGCAAAAAUUUGUACUUUUGAAACCAACAUUAUACAAGAAAUUAAAAACACUGUGGCAGUACUUGCGCUAGAAAAUAGUAAAUUAAGGCAGGAAUUGAAGGAUGCUAAUAUGAAAUGUAGUUCUUUUGAACAACAAAUUAAAUGUUUAAAAGCUAAGAGGCAAGUGUUAGAGAUAAGUGAGAAAAAUGAAAGUUAUGAUAUCAGUACCGAAUGCCAAAAUCGACAAUUAAUAUCUACAAUACCAGAGUGUACGUCCAACAUCAACAAUAAGGGCUAUCACGCGCGGGCGACCGCGCUGUCGAAGCCCCCGGAAACAAAUUAUGCGGCGGCGGCGGCCAGAAAAGCAGUGGAUACGAAAGUCGGCGAUAACGAUGGUAAUGAUUGGAUAGAAGUCAAAAAUAAAAAUAAAAGGAGGAGUAACCUUAUACAGAGAGGAGGCGUUACUAAGCUUAAUAACUCGUCGAAUUGGUAUUCACCUACUCUUUAA